CUCUUUUCUCCCUGUUUGUUCCUGCAGCUGGCGGCUCUUCAUCCCAUCCUGCCUAACAUCUUGCUCAGGGGCUUCACACACUCGGUCAUCGUAGCUCUGUCAGUCUGCACCACCGCUGCAUCACACCGGCCUGACGCCUUUCCUCAGAGGGCGCAAGCAGCCAAAGCAGAUGGUAAGCAAAGCACAGAGACCUUCUUAGAGCCACAAAUUCUGGAGACUCGCUGCGCUGCCUUCCAGUAUCGAGCCACGAAGCAUUCAGAGGGAGGUAAAGGUCCUCGACACGGAGCCGCGAAGCUAGCUAUGCCCGGAUCCACGCCGGCCAGCAGCAAGGCUCGGGUGUACACCGAUGUCAACACACAGAAGAACAGAGAGUAUUGGGACUAUGACGCGCAUGUGCCAAACUGGAGCAAUCAAGACAACUAUCAGUUGGUGCGUAAACUGGGUCGAGGGAAGUACAGUGAAGUGUUCGAGGCCAUAAAUGUGACCAACAAUGAAAAAGUUGUGGUGAAAAUCCUCAAGCCCGUCAAGAAGAAGAAGAUCAAACGUGAAAUCAAAAUUCUUGAAAACUUGCGUGGAGGAACCAACAUCAUCCGCCUGGUGGACACAGUCAAAGACCCGGUGUCCAGAACACCAGCGCUUGUCUUUGAGUGCAUCAAUAACACAGAUUUUAAGGAGCUUUACCAGAAGCUGACUGACUAUGAUAUCCGUUUCUACAUGUAUGAGCUGCUCAAGGCUCUGGACUACUGCCACAGUAUGGGGAUCAUGCACCGGGACGUGAAGCCCCACAAUGUGAUGAUCGACCACCAGAUGAGAAAGCUGCGUCUUAUAGAUUGGGGUUUGGCAGAAUUUUACCAUCCCGCUCAGGAAUACAACGUCAGGGUGGCCUCGCGCUAUUUCAAAGGCCCUGAGCUGCUAGUGGACUAUCAGAUGUAUGACUAUAGUUUGGACAUGUGGAGUCUAGGCUGCAUGUUGGCCAGCAUGAUCUUUCUGAAGGAACCGUUUUUCCACGGCCAGGACAACUACGACCAGCUGGUCCGCAUUGCUAAAGUUCUGGGCACCGAUGAGCUCUUUGGUUACCUGCACAAAUAUCACAUAGAACUGGACACUCGCUUCAAAGACCUGCUGGGACAACAAACGAGGAAGCGUUGGGAGCAGUUCAUCCAGUCGGAGAACCAGCACCUGGUGAGUCCGGAGGCUCUGGACCUGCUGGACAAGCUGCUGCGCUACGACCACCAGCAGAGGCUGACCGCUGCAGAGGCCAUGCAGCACCCAUACUUCUAUCCUGUGGUGAAGGAACAGGCAAAUGCCAACACAGACGGCACAAAGGCCAUAAGCAGCUCCAAUGCAACAUGAUAACCAGAGAGCAGGUAAUCCACGCAUGAAGAAUCUUCGUUACCUCAACUUGUGACCUUUUCGUGGCAGAAACCUCUGCCUCCACAUCAACAGCCAUACUGGAGCAAGAUGUCAAUUUUGCAGCAUACACAAAACACGCACGGAUUAAACUUUCUCCUAACAAAGUCCAGGGGG